AUGCCUCCCCAGCAAAAUCCCUUCUGGGACUUCUUCCAGUCCCUCAACAACUCCGAUCCCAACGACCGCCGCGGCCCUGGUCACGGCGUAGACCACCACAACGCACCUCCCUUCCCCGGCUUCCCCGGCUUCCCCGGCUUCCCCUUCGGAGCUCCUCCGCACGGCCACCCACCGCACCCGCCUCACCCGCAUCCACCUCCUCCUCCGCCUCCCGGAUCCGGGCCCGGCCCCUGGGAUCAAGCUCCCCCUGCCUGGGCCUAUUGGUUCAACAACUUCAACGGCCCGCCUCGCUACGACGAGCAUCCGUUUUCGCACGAUGCCGGCGUGAGCGCGCCCAGAGAGGCUGAGCGCGAGGGCAGAGCCUCCCGUGAAAAGGACAAUGAGAAAGCUUCGCCCGAAACCAUGCAGCAGGACGAGGAGUUCCCCGAUCCAGCUGAAGUCACGCCCUCGGGAAGCGAUGACGAGGACAACGACCACCGUGGCGGUGUUCCGCCCCCUUCGUAUCCCGCCGAGGGUGGACGAGGCGGUCGAUGUGGACGAUCCCAUGGCGGUCGUGGAGGCCACGCCCACGCCCACGGACGAGGCCGCUGCGGAGGAGGCCGUCGUGGAUGGCGCCGAGGAGGCGGCCCCUUUGAAGGCCCCAAUCCUGGCCCUCCCUUCGAUUUCCCCGGCAUGAUGCGCGGCUUCAUGGCCCAUCCCUUCUUCCGCAACCUCCGCGACCAAGCCGAGCGCUACACCCAGCCCGGUGCCCGCAACACCGACAACGCCGACGAUGAAAACACCUUCUCUCCCCCCGUCGACAUCUUCAACACCCCCGACGCCUUCAUCCUACACACCGCCCUGCCCGGCGCGAAAAAGGACGAUAUUGGCGUCACCUGGAACCCGCAGACGCGCUCCCUCCGCAUCGCGGGCGUAGUCCACCGACCUGGCGACGAGGCGUUCCUGCAGACGCUGACGUCGGUGCGGGAGCGCAGAGUCGGUGUUUUCGAGCGGGAGGUUAAGCUGCCUCCUGAGGACGAGGCCGAGAAGAAGGCCGAUGGGGAGGAGGCGGAUCUGGAUGUUGAUGUUGACGGAUUUGGCAUCACGGCGAGGAUGGACGAGGGUGUUUUGAUUGUGACGGUGCCAAAGGUGGAAAAGGAGUGGAUGGAAGUGAGAAAGGUGGACAUUGAGUAA